AUGGAGGCCCUCAAAUCGAGGGACCCCGCCGCCUGCAUCCGCGCGCUGCACCAUUAUUUCGACUCGGCCGGCGGCGGCGCGGCCGCGGGGGGCGCUGCGGGGGUGCCGCCGGGCGCGGCGGCGGCGGCGGCGGCGGCGGCGGCCGGGGAAGCGUCCAAGGGCCGCUGCCAGAGCGCCCUGCUGACCCUCAGCGCCGCCCACGCCGAGCUGGGCCACACCGCCGAGUCCCUAAGGGCGCUGCACGAGGCCCUGCGGCUGGCGCAGCAGCAGGGCGACACCUGGGCGCUCGCCCACUCUCUGGCGGCCCUGUGCCGCGUCGUGAUGAUGUCAGAGGGCGUCAGCGAGGUGCCCGCCGCGGCGGCGGACGGGGACGCUGGGGGUGAAGACAGCAGCGGCGGCGGCGCUGGGCCGCCCGCGGGUGGGCUGGACCUGGCGGCUGUCCAGGAGCAGCUGCAAGCGCUGGAGCUGCUCAGGCGGUGCCUGAAGAUUGCCUGCCAGCAGCAGUGCCCGCACAUCGCGGCGUUCGCGCGGCUCGCAAUCGCCCGCUUCGACCUGCAGCAUGCCUCCGCGCCGCCGCAGCCGCGGGCGCCCGCGCCACAGGCCGCCCCUGGCGGCGCAGACCCAGGGGGCGGCCCCGAGGCGGCACCCGCCUGUGCGGGCGCGCUGCGCGCGCAGGCAGCGCUCCGGGACGCGUGCGUGCUACAGCACGCGGCUGCGCUCGCGGCCGCCGCGCCGCCGGCCGCGCCGGCGGCGGCCGCUGCGGCAGCUGCGCCGCAGCUUCCGGGCGCGCCGCAGCGGGGCAGGGUCGGGGAGCUGUACAACCCUUCGAGCGUCUUUGGCUCAGACGCCCGCGGCAGCCUGCGCGCCAGCGCGCGCGCGUGCGCGCAGGCGGCGGGCGCCGCGCACCUGCUGCAGGCCGCCGCGUGGCGCCAGUACGGCGCGCCGGGCCUGGCGGUGGCGCACGCGCUCGCGCACCUGACGUGCUGCGGCGCUGGCGGCGGCGGCGACGGCAGCGGCGGGGGGGAUGCGGCGACGGCGUGGGCGCAGCUGGUGACGCUUGCGCUGGAGCAGCAAGGCCCAACCGCCGCUGACGCUGUCCUGUCGGAAGCGGCUGAGCAGUAUGCCCUGCAGCUGCCCAAGCAGCUGGCGGCCGUGAAUGCGGGGAUGAUGCAGGCGCGCGCGGUGGAAGAGGGGGAUGCCGCGGCGGCCGAGCUGUGGCUGUCUGAGCUGGCGUCCACAGCGGAGCCAGGGCCGGGGCUGGAUCGAGAAAUCAAGCUCGACGCUGCGCUGGCCCGCGCGGCCGCGCUGGCGGCGGGCGGCGCGCUGGCGGCGGCGCACGACGCGGCGGCGGGCGCUUUCCGGGACGCGGCGCGGGCAGGCAUGCAGGCCGCGGCCACGUCUGCGCUGCUGCAGCUGGGGGAGUUGCAUCUGGCGGCAGGCGACCCCUCGGGCGCGCUGCCCUUUGCCCUGAGCGCCAGCCUGCACUGCCAGCGCCUCUGCCUCGCGCGCCCCGCGCCGCGCGCGGCGCUGCUCGUCGCGCGGCUGUGGCACGCGCUCGCGCCGCCGCCCGGCGGCGCGCGGCAGGCGCUGAUGCUGCUGCGGGGGGCGCUGCUGCCCGCGCUGGCGGGGAGGGAUCGGGAGGCUGUGGGGCAGCUGCAGGUGGCUAUGGCUGAGGUGGCGCUUUCAGAUAGAAUGGAUGUGGGGGUGGCAGCAGGGGGCAGCGAGUCCGAGCAGCGGCGAGGAGCCAAGGGCGCGGCAGCCGCCCGCGAGCGCGCCGCCCGAGAGGCUGCGGCUCGUCUGGAGGCGGGGGCGCGGGCUUUGGAGGUGGCAGGCGCUUGGCGCGGCGCGCAGGCGGCGUGGUCGCUGCUGGCGGUGCUGCGGCACGCGCGCGAGGAAGGAGGGUUGCGGGACGCAGCAGCGGCGCGCGCGCUCACGUGCCAACGCGGGCCACUGAGCUGUGCCGCUGGGUAA